UGCUGAGCUGGAGGAACCUGCAGUUUCUGGCCCACCGGCAGCUGUUUGGAGCUCCCCGCCUCCCCCCUUUUCAGGCUGUUGGCUGGCAGGCCAUGUCUUGGAAAGAGAGUGGCAAGAGCCCACCUCCGGGCCUCAUCUGCCACCUGGACCACCUGGUGAUGACUGUGAGAAGCAUCGAAGAGACGGUGGCUUUCUAUUCUCGGGUCCUUGGCAUGGAAGUCGUCACCUUCAAGAGAGACCGCAAGGCCCUGCAUUUCGGGAAGCAGAAGUUCAACCUCCAUGAGGUGGGCAAGGAGUUUGAGCCCAAAGCCCAGAGGCCCAUGCCUGGUUCCCUGGACAUCUGUCUGGUCACUGAGAUGCCCCUGGAGCAGCUGAUGGUGCACCUGAAGGCCUGUGGGGUAAGAAUCGAAGAAGGUCCCGUGGCCAGAACUGGUGCUGUCGGCCCGAUAACAUCCAUCUACUUCCGAGACCCAGAUCAGAACCUGCUGGAGGUCUCCAACUACAGCAGCCCUUUAGAGCAGUGAUUGUUCCCCACUUGCAGUUCUGCAGAGACCACACAAGCAGGGAUACUGGUGCAGGUCUGCAAAUCCAGGCAUGGCUGAAUCAACAGCCUGGUGUCUUCCUACCCCCAACAUGGCUCCUUGGGAAAGAGGGUCAGACUCAGUCGGAAAUGCCCCUGCUAACUGGGCAAAGAGGCACCUUUUAACGUGGCGAUUCUCUUUAUUGAGCAGGGGGAGAGCAACUGGCCCUAUCCACCCCCAACACAGGACCUCCAGUGACUGCUGCUGGUGUCUAUCUUGUGUUUCAUUUUAGAUUAUGAGCCCUUUGGGGACAGGGUUCCAUCUUAUAUUUAUUUAUUAUUUCUCUGUGUAUUGUUUGAUCUAAGUUCGUAAAUAAACAACUAACUAACUAUUUCUCUGUGUAAACCGCCCUGAGCCAUUUUUGGAAGGGCGGUAUAGAAACCAAAUAAAUAAAUAAAUAAAUAAUCCAGUACCGAUCCAAUACUCCUAGGACUCCCAAAAUCUGAUUCUGAUAUUGUCCAUAUCAGAUUGGAUCGAAUACAAUAUUUUAAUGGGUGCACAGCCUUAUUUCCGAUAGCCUAAUCUGAAAUUUUCCAUUACCCCAUCAGAUUUCAACCCUGGGUAAUCUUUUCUGAUGGGUCAUGUUUUCUGACAGGCUAGUCUGAAAUAAUUUCAUUAUGCUGUCCAGUUUCAAUACUGGGUAACCUUAUCUUACAAAUCAUAUUUCCGGAUGGGUAACCUUUUCCGACAGGCUAGUCUGAAAUUUUUCAUUACCCCAUCAGAUUUCAAUUUCACAUAAGCCUUUCUGACUACUAAUAUUUUCUGAUGGACUAAUCUGAAAUAUUUCCAUCACCUGGAGCUUUCCCACACAGGUGCUUUACCUCGAAUCUCCUCCAGAAGGGACGGAGGGUGUUCUCACUACAGAUAGAUUCCUGCUGAAUUCAGUUGGAUGGCUUUGGAAGCAUACACAAAUCGGGCUUUUCCUUCAGGAUUACACUUCAUCCAGGUUUAUAUCUGUGUUCUGUUUUUCAGCUAAAUUUCCUGAAAAAUACGCUGCACUGACAUCAGUCUUUACAUCUACAUGAUAAGAGCAAGUUACAUCUAUGGAAUGCAAAAAUAAAGCUUCCUAACUGCCUUGC